UCCUCCCAGCUCUCUCCCCUCCCAGCCUCUAAUUGGGUUUCAUCACCGUUUCCCAACCAGAUGUUGGGAGGAACAGCUUUCACUGGUUUCUCUUAAAAGCCCCCGGACAUCAGCAGCAGCAGCAGCUCCGGGAAAGACUUCAGGCUGCACCGCCCGCCCUGACACUGCAAUGACCUCCCUCUGGCUCUUGCACUCGCUCUUCCUCCUCCAUGUCCACCUCUCAAGCCAGUUAGACGACAACAAGAUCCCUCCCAGUCUGUGUACCGGGCUCCCAGGCAUCCCGGGCUCCCCGGGCGUUGGUCAGCCCGGGAGAGAUGGGAGGGACGGAAGAGACGCCGCUCCGGGGGAAAAGGGCCACAAGGGGGACGCUGGAGACCCAGGUGAGACAGGAGCGCGAGGCCCGACCGGAGACAGAGGGUACUCUGGAGAGAAAGGAGAGAGGGGAGAGGCCGGCGAGUGCGCCGUGGCGCCCAAAUCGGCCUUCAGCGCCAAACUCUCCGUGGGCCACACUCUGCCCCUCGCCGCGGGGGACGCGGUGCGCUUCGACGAGGUCGCGAUCAACGGACAGGGCGACUACGACAGCGAGACGGGGCGCUUCACCUGCAAGGUGCCGGGGGUUUACUACUUUGCCGUCCACGCCACGGUCUACCGCGCCAGCCUCCAGUUUGACCUGGUGAAGAACGCACACACGGCGGCGUCUUACUUUCAGUUCUACGGCAACUGGCCCAAGCCGGCGUCCCUGUCCGGCGGCUCCCUGCUGCACCUGGUCCCAGGUGACCAGGUGUGGGUGAAGAUGGCUCUGUCGGAGUACAAUGGGUUUUACUCCAGCACCAAGACGGACAGCACCUUCACUGGUUUCCUGGUGUACUCGGACUGGAAGAACUCCGCUGUGUUUGCAUGAACCCGAACAAAGCCGGAUCCCGCCACCUGCUUUGUGUUCGUUUACUUGGGUUUUGUUAAUGGGGCUGCGACUCGGUGCAUCGGUAGUUGUGUAGUAGUGAGUAUAAAACCGACCAGGCGAUGUUACUUGAAUGGCACAUGCCAUCCUGGUGAGGUGUGAGGUACAUGGAGGUUUUAUUCAGUGUCUUUUCUUCACUUGCAGCCUUCAAGCUUCAUUAUUGUGACAGGUGUUGUGACAGCGGCCUGCGGGCCACACAUUCAAACAGCUUUGUGUUUAUAUAUUUGUUCCACUUUGUUUUCGUGUCAAUCUCUGCACAGGAAAUAUCAAAAAUUCAUAAACCAUCUCAGUUUUUAAAACACACAUUAAUGAUGAAUUUUUAAACACCAUUUCACACUGAGCUCAGCUUUACUGCAAUGCAUUAGUUCUAAACUUUUCCAAUCCGAUAUUUGGGUCACUUUCAUGCCAGGCUGUGCACGCACCAGUUGUAUUACUUAGGCAUGUACCUGAAUACAAGAAUCAAAGUACACAGAUUAUUUACUAAAUGAACCAAUAAAACAGUUUGAA